GCCUGCCCGCCGCUCCGCUCCGCUCCGCUCCCCGCCCCGCGCCGCGCCGCUCCGCCCGGGCCCGCAGGCCGCUCCCCCGCCGCCGCCGCUCCUCCCGCCGGGCCGCGCCGCGCCGGGCGAUGAGGAGCUGCUUCUGCCUGCGCCGGGGGAGCCGCGACCCGCCGACCGCCGCACGGGCAACACACGAUGUUUGUUCAGACUGGGCAUUGUGAAGUGUAAACCCAGGUCCCACUGGCACCAGCACUCACCUCUGACUUUUCUAGAAGCAGAUCAGUCCAUAAUGCCUGAGGUGCGAGACCUCUCAGAUGCCUUGCCCGACUUGCCGAUGGAUCCCAUCACGGGUGUUGGUGUGGUUGCGUCCCGGAACCGAGCACCGACAGGUUAUGAUGUAGUUGCACAAACAGCAGAUGGCUUGGAUGCUGACCUCUGGAAAGAUGGCUUAUUUAAAUCCAAGGUCACACGAUACCUGUGCUUCACAAGAUCGUUUUCAAAAGAGAAUAGUCACUUAGGCAAUGUCUUGGUUGAUAUGAAGCUCAUUGAUAUCAAGGACACGUUACCCCUGGGCUUCAUCCCCAUCCAGGAGACCAUCGAUACACAAGAAAUAGUUUUCAGAAAGAAGAGGCUGUGCAUCAAAUUCAUCCCUCGAGAUUCUACCGAGGCAGCAAUCUGUGAUAUCCGAAUCCUGGGUAGAUCUAAACAAGCCCCUCCCCAGUACACAUUCAUAGGGGAGUUGAACAACAUGGGCAUUUGGUACCGGAUGGGCAGAGUUCCACGCAACCAUGAAUCUUCACAGCCUGCGACGCCUCCGUCCCAAGUACCGUCUUCAGCACCAGCUCCUAACCUGCCACGGCAUAUCUCGCUGACACUCCCUGCCAGCUUUCGAGGGAAAAGUCACAGCACUCGCCUGGAUUUGGAGCACCAGCACUCAAAUUUGUAUGCCAUAUCAGCAAUGGAUGGAGUGCCUUUUAUGAUUUCAGAGAAGUUUGCCUGCGCUCCUGAAGGGAUGCAGCCGGUUGAUCUGUUGGGUAUCACAAUCAAAACCCUUGCAGAAAUCGAAAAGGAGUACGACUACAGCUUCCGGACGGAGCAGAGCGCGGCGGCCCGCCUGCCGCCCAGCCCCACGCGCUGCCCACCGGUGCCGCCGUCCUGAGAGGGGCGGCCGGCGCUGGGGCGGCCGUGGGCGUGCAUACUACUGAGCGGGGCGCGGCGCCGGGGCCGUCCCGCCGACGUCCGCCUGUCCGGCCACCGCCGCCCGCCCCGCACCGCACCGCCUCCUCCUGCACACGCCGCUCCACGCGUUGGGACCGCGCGACCCUUCGGCAGCCGCCCCCCGCCCUCCCUCGCCGCUGCGGACGCCGCUCCAUGUGAGUACGUGACUGGGAGCCUGACGGCAGCCCCGUGGUUGUCCCCCGUUCAUAACCCCUGCUGCAGGACAGUCACAGAAACCAGAGCCGUAACAAAGUGCUGCGAACAGCGAGCCGCGAGCUCGCAGACCAUCAGGAAGCGCUCAGCAGCGAGCCCUAAAAGUAAGGAAGAGUAAAAGACACGGCUGGUUAAUCCGCAAGCCCCCGGGCUUCCCGCAUGAGCUGACACGGAGCUGAUGGGCUCUCGAGGCCUUGCGGCACUCGGCCCAGCGGGCAGCAUCGGGCCGCAGCGGAUGCCCCGUCUGCCCCCGCCAAGGUCCGGGCGCACAGCAGCUCUGCCGCAGCCGGGAUCAGCCCGACAGCGAUCACUUGGUUUUGCUGUAGGCUGGCAGGGCCGUGGUCGCCGGCUCAGACCCGCCUCGGGCUCCCUCCCCAGGCAGAGGGGUGCAGAGAGCACGAGCUGCACUGCAGCUCCCGAGGCGAAGCACCUCCGCUUUGCACAGGGUGUCCGUGUGUCUGUCAGGACCUAGAGUGACGAACAUCCUGCAUUUUCGGGGCUGGGUGCUGGCAGUGCCCCGCUGACCCCCAGCCGAGCUGCCUGUGGAGCUGGGGCCCUGCUGACAACGUGGAUGCUGUCACCUGCCCAUCACUUUGGACAGUUUUCUAAUCUUUGCCCCUCUAGCUGCUAAAACAAGAGAUGUGCCUGUUCCCUCGUGCACUCACGGGGAAGCACCGGACUCUGACGUAGUGCAGGAUGAGAGUGGGAUGCAUUAAACCCUGACCUCAGCCUCCUUGUGAUCGCUGACCUUAGCUCGCUCCCGAGUCAAAUGCAUGUCUUGGAGAAGUCUGUUGCUGUAAUAAGUUAUUUAGAAGUGCCCAUCUGACUCCAUGCUGCUUUUUAAAGUCUCUGCUGUAGAACAAAGCUACAUCAUGGCACCAAAAUGGCAAUUUUUAAGUAAGUGUUAAAACGUACAACUUUUUCUAUUGUAAAAUACUGAUUACCUAACCCUAUUGAAAUGCAAUUGCCAUAGUAACAAGUAACAGUAUUGUUGCUCCCAGUCUGGGUCAUACGUAUGCCCUGACCUGCUUUGCACUGCUUUUGAUUGAUCUUGCAUUUUCUAGUUGGACAGAAUGGUGACUAACAGUAGGUUUUGUACUGUCAGCUUGUACUUUUUAUUUGUACAUAUGUAAAAUAUUUCUUGUCCAAAGAUUCAUUUCUGGUUUUAAGGCACCAUACCGCAUUGCUGGGAUAAUGAGCACAAAAUACCGUAACGUUCGGGACAGACUGAUUCCAAGUCUUUGCUUCAUCUUCUUCCAAUCAGGUAAAUCAUUUUCUAAACCUGCCUCUGAAAGCGGGGCUGUGCGAUUGGAAAGCAGAGGCCAAUUUGGUUGCAGGUGUGUUUGGGCAAAAGAAAUAGAGGUAUGCUAUUUGCACUGGCUCUGGACGUUUGGGUGACCCCCUGGAAGUGCUCGUUUACUUGGAGGCUGCAGCACCAUUUUUAGUUCUUAUUUAUCCUGCAAGAAAGCAAAGCCAGACCUCACUGCCAAGCUUCACAAAGGCUAGAUUGAUGAUGCUGACAUCGACAAAUGAACAUACCAUGGCAGCCUGGUCAUUCGGCUCAGGUUCACUUGAAGUUCAAAUCCACUCCAUGCUCUAGUACUAUGCCCAUCUCAUCCAUCUUUUGUCUUUCUAUUUUUCUGCUUGUAAUUUGUUCUGUAGUUUUCUGAGGCAUCCAUUUAUAGCUUCUCCUGUGGCUCAGUGGACACUGCGGGCAGGUAGAAGCCUUCUGCAGCGGUGUGUUCCGCACAGCUUUGGGAUGUGGGGCUGCAGAGAGCUGACCUCCUGUUACUGGUGGUGGAGGAGUGAGGGCUGCGGGCUGGUGCAGGGCGGCCAGCGCAGAGUCUGCGGAGCUCCGGGGGCAGUUCCUGCCGCCGGGAGACGGGGGGACGGCUGCCAGGAGCCCCUCCUCAAGCCGCGUCUUCCCGUGCCGAGGGCAGGGCUCCCGCAGCAGCGGCAGUGCCCGGGGAGGGGUGGGCUCGGAUAGCUGCCGAGCCCCACGUCCCAUGGGGCACCCCCUGGGGAUGUCUCAGAAAAAUGGGCGCGUAGCUUUGAGUCCCUUCCUGCGAGAUUGAGCUUAGAGAGCAUCAGUCGAUAGAAUUGGUGCUUUAGUAUUUAUAGCAACUGUUACGUUUGCUCAGCCUUCUUAGAGAUAGUGAGCUCAGCUUUCUCUUCGGUGACCUACAAGAAACACUGGAUGGCUCAGAACACUGACAGGACAUGCAGCUGGGACAAGCGUCUAAGAAAUCUUCAGGAUAUAUUUGUAUAGUUGGUUCUCACUCCUCCCUCUCUUACACUGGGCCAGCAGAGCUGCUUCAGGGGUGCAUCUGCAAAGAAACUUGAGAGGUCAGUUUGAUCUUCCCAGUGUGUCUCUGCACUGUGGCACUGCAAAGAUGCCACGUACUGAAAUCACGAACAGUACAAGUGCAGUUCUUGUGGUACAAACGCAAUAGAGGUGUUUUGAGCAAAGAGCUACAGCUGCUGAGAGCCAGCUGAGCUCUCAGACCUGCUGACCGAAGGCUGGCAAACGGGGCGCUCCCAGAGGGGAGAGGGCACAGAGCCGGUGCCUGCAAGCACAGCGAGACACACGGCGCAGGGAGGCUGACUGUAUGUGUCCUCUUCUCUGUCCACCGAUUAUAGGAAGCUUUUCUGUUGCGUCUCUGGAUUCCCAAGACCUUGGGCAUCAGGUCAGCGUUUCCACAGGCAGGUUUUAUUUGCUGUUCCGUAACUUUUGUACUCAUGGCAACUCAUUGCAAGGCUGGUCCUUGCAUCCUUGCAGCCAGUCUUCCCCCUUAGCAUGUGCCAUAGCCAGUACCAGCAUCACCUCUCUGCAUCUUCCUCCCUCCCUGUCCAAAAGGUGACUGUGGUACCAUUGGCCCAGGCAGUAAAUAUUCAGGGAGCCUGAUGUUGGUGUUUGGCUAUGGAGAAGCCUUCUGGAGCAUAAGGGGAGGGGAUGAGUUAAUGGAAAGCAACAGAAGUGGAUGUGCAGAGCUUUACCAGAUGUGCUUGGCUACCUUGCCUUUAUUUCUAGAACAAAACUGGUCUCUAGGUAGCUUAAUCUUGUGGCUGAUGGAGAAAUUAGUUUGCCAAAUUAUCAUAUGUCUGCGACAGAGACAGAAAAGCAGCAGUGAGGGGUUUGCUUGCUGUAAAAUACACUUUCUGAUGUGAAUUAGUAGUGACACGCUGCCUCCUGGAUUUCUCACGGCAAAGAGCAGGUAGCGCUGAGAUGACUCGUGGGCCAUCCAGGCCAGGCUGUGCUGUCUAAUGUGUUAACAAUGGAGAGGCAAGAAAUUAGUCCAGAAAGUAACGUAGAGUGUGAACUUUGUGAUAAAAUUCAAGUGUGGACAGUCAUAGCAGGUGUCUUCCCAGUGGGAGCAUCUCAUAGCUGUAGUUACAUAGGAAUAAACUUUGUCAAACUUUUUUCCUUUGCCGGGCGCCGAGUUUGCCCGCGGUGUUUGCAGGAGGGGAUCCCCCGCGGGCCUCCUGCCUAGGGACAGCUUGUUGGUCGUCUGUAGCUUCGGGCUUGUUUGGUUCACACCCGCCCCUGCCCGCUCCGCUUUGCUGAGCUCCCCAGCCCGGGCCCGCGGGGCACGGCCGUGCCGGGUGGGCGCUGGCGCUGGCGGCGGCGACGUGACGUGCGUCCCCUCCUCCUCUUCGGCGGGGCCCGAAAAAUCUCCCUGGGGGAGGGAGCGCGGGAUGCGGCGCCUUGGCAGCCGGCCGGUCCCACGUUGGCCCCGGCGCCCCACGUCCCGCGGGGGCCGGCGGAGCAGCUCACCGCAGAGCAGUUCCCUCCUCCCGAAGGGCGUGCGCGUCUCGCUGCCUUCAAAUAAUUACCUCAGCCUUCGAGCCUUGACAAACAGACGGGAAUCCGUGCCGGCAGCGGGGCAGCCGAGCGGUGCCGGUGUUGGUUAUCCUGAGCCACGAAACCCUGACAGCGUUGCAGUGGGGGGGGUGCUCCUCCGCUCAUGAAAAAGCUCAGUGAGGUGCUGCUCGAUUCAUUCAGUACAGGGAAGCCAAACAGUUUGGAUAUUCUGGUCGUUUAUUGUGAAAUUGUUUCCUAACAGCAACAGUUUUAAAUGUCAUCAUGCAAAUGGAAGAGAGAAACCUUUUAUGCAGUUGCGAAGUGUUUUUCUAAGAUGCUAUGCAUUUUGUUGGGUUAUUGAAAGUGAAUUUACUGUGCAUUAAUCUUAUGAAUGUUACUACGUUUUAUAUUUAUUUUAGAUGACCCUCCUGUAUUUUACAAAGGGAAGUUUCAUUGUGUGAUAACUUAGUCUGUAUUCUUAAUAUAAUUUGUUAAAUAAAACUUGUUUUAAUCAGUU